AACAAGUUGUGACAUCGACUUGAAUGAUGGACGUGUCGUUGUGCCACGGCGACGCAGUGCGUGGCCGAUGGGUCGCUGCCGCACAAGACAUACCAGUCGGCGCGCUCGUUUUAGAAUCCAAGCCAUUUGCCUUUAUGCUUUCUCCAUCGCUUUGGACGGAGCGCUGUCAGGUCUGCUUUCGGCCAACGGCAACGCUCUCCCGUUGUGGACGAUGCCGGCUCGUGUAUUACUGCUCCAAGGCAUGCCAGCUGAAGGACUGGAAAGAAAGCCACAAACUUGAAUGUCCCCACCUGCCUGCCAUGUGGCAGCACGCACCCCACCCAGCGACGUUGUCGGAUGCUCUCUUAGUGGCCCGCGUCCUGCGCAAAGAAUCUGCGCACUUGCUAACCAUGGCAAAUAGUUCAUCCCUUUCUCGUGAAGCGCUGGUUCCGUCGGACUUGGUGUGGUUUGAGGAGGACAGGACCGACGUGCGGGCCACUGCCUGUUGGCUCGCAACGAAGCAUGCUGACCUCUUGCCAGACAAUUCCUCAGCGCACGUCGUGGAAGAGAUGUUGUGCCGCUUCCGCAGCAAUAACUUUACCAUCACCGACGAACUCUUGCUGGACGUUGGGGCCGGAUGCUUUCCGUGGGGCGCAAUGGUCAAUCACAGCUGCGCCAACAAUUGCGCUGUCACGUAUGAGCCGUCAACGCAGACCAUGCAGCUGCGUGCAGUUCAAUUCAUUCCCAAAGGCGCUGAGGUCACACAGACGUACGUGGACGUCGGGCUUCCGCUGCACAAGAGACAGCGGCAUCUGCAUCGGCAUUACCACUUUACGUGCAUGUGCGAACGCUGCACAAGCGAAGGUCGCCUCGACGACGUAGAAUCGUCGAAUGAUGCGGCCAAAAUGGCUGUACUCGAGCAAGCCGUGACGUGGUGCAAGGAAGCUGCGAGGGCGUCGAACCGUGAGACGGCGAUAGAUCUGUUCAAACGCACCUUGGACGUUCGGGCGAGUGUCCUUGCCAACGAGUGGAGCGUGUUGCUUUUGGAAGUACACGCGCAGCUGCUGACGCUCUACAUCGAAAUGGGAAAUGGCCACGACGCCAUUCAGACAGCCCGCAAGAUGUACGCGUUCUAUCAACACCUGUAUGAUCCCAACCAUCCACUCACGGGGCUGCACUUGUACACUCUCGGCGACCUCGAGUCACAGCUUCAAGUAGAAGGUGCCCAGCAGCAUCUCACAGAGGCGUGGCGUAUACUGACUAUCACGCAUGGAGCCAAGCACGCUAUGGUCCAGACAUUGAAGGGCCGCGUGGACGAGCUGCUCCGAGCGCAGCACGCCCCGUAUCAACACCUGGAUUGCGCAGUGUCGCAAGCUCAACCAUCCGGGCCAUCUAAAUAUUGAUGAAAUAUCGUCUAAAAUCCACCAAUUACAUAACUCAAAUUGGAUAACUUGACGGUUCC